AUGAGCGUUCCCAUGCUAAAGAUCGGGGCGGUGCUCAGCACCAUGGCCAUGGUGACCAACUGGAUGUCUCAGACUCUGCCCUCUCUGGUGGGACUCAACGGGACCACAAUCUCAAGAGGGGGCACCUCCGAGAGGAUUGUCAGCGCUCUGUACCCAAGCCCGGAGGAGGGCUGGCAGAUCUACAGCUCGGCACAGGACGCAGAUGGGAAGUGUAUCUGUACCGUGGUUGCACCAGCCCAGAACAUGUGUAACCGCGACCCACGCAGCAGACAGCUUCGCCAGCUCAUGGAGAAGGUUCAGAACAUUAGCCAGUCAAUGGAGGUGCUGGACCUGCGGACGUACAGAGAUCUACAGUAUGUAAGGAACACUGAGGGUCUCAUGAAAGUGGUAGACGGAAAGCUGAAGGUGGCCUCUGAAAAUCCCCGCAGUCUCAAUCCGAAGGGCUUUCAGGAGUUGAAAGACAAGGUGACCCAGCUGCUCCCCCUGCUGCCAGUGCUAGAACAGUACAAAGCCGAUGCCAAGAUGAUCUUGCGUCUUCGGGAGGAGGUGAGGAAUCUGUCCUUGGUGCUGAUGGCCAUCCAAGAAGAGAUGGGGGCUUACGAUUAUGAGGAACUGCGCCAAAGAGUCCUUCUGCUGGAGACCAGGCUCCACUCCUGCAUGCAGAAACUAGGCUGUGGGAAGCUCACUGGUGUCAGUAAUCCCAUCACAGUACGUGCAUCAGGGUCAAGAUUCGGCUCUUGGAUGACAGAUACAAUGAUCCCCAGCUCAGACAACAGAGUGUGGUCCAUGGAUGGUUACUUCAAGGGGCGUCGGGUCCUGGAAUACCGCACCAUGAAUGACUUUAUGAAGGGCCAGAACUUUGUGCAGCACUUGCUGCCCCAUCCCUGGGCAGGCACUGGCCACGUGGUUUACAACGGCUCACUGUACUAUAACAAGUACCAGAGUAACAUAAUCAUUAAGUACCAUUUUCGUUCUCGAAGUGUACUGGUGCAGCGCAGCCUGAGUGGGGCCGGCUAUAACAACACCUUUCCCUACUCCUGGGGUGGCGCUUCUGACAUCGACCUGAUGGCGGAUGAGAAUGGCCUGUGGGCUGUUUACACCACCAUCCCAAAUGCGGGGAACAUUGUCAUCAGCCGCCUGGAGCCCCAGAGUCUGGAAGUGCUGCAGACAUGGGACACAGGCUUCCCCAAGCGCAGUGCUGGAGAGUCAUUCAUGAUCUGUGGUACACUUUACGUCACCAACUCCCACCUGGCUGGAGCCAAGAUCUACUUUGCCUACUACACCAACACAUCAAGCUAUGAGUACACAGACAUCCCCUUCCACAAUCAAUACUCCCACAUUUCCAUGAUGGACUACAAUCCUAGGGAGAGGGUCCUGUACACCUGGAACAAUGGACAUCAGGUGCUCUACAAUGUCACACUGUUCCAGGUUAUUAAGACUUCUGGGGACUGA